ACAAUGAGCUUGUCUCAUUGGUCAAGGUUACAGAAUAUUUGGAAAAAUGGAAUGUUAAAGGCCACUAACAUGAUGCCAUUUCCUUGAUAAUCAAGUCAAAGAUAAGGACAAAGGAAAACUGCAUCUGCAAUGUCCUGUGAGGGACAACCUUAUAUAUCCACGGAUGUUAAUCAAAGUUAUUAGAUCCGAUGAUAUUGACUUUCUAACCAAUUAACAAUUAACAGCAACUCCCAACUUACUCAGUUAAAAAGAUGAUUCAACAUCCCUGGCGCCACUUUUGAAAACCAAGUUUCCAUAUAAGGAUGAUUUUAUGUUUUUUGGGUUUUUGGUUUACCUCUUCGGUUAUUCCAUCACAGUAGGAGUUUUGACUUUUGGCGUUGGCUGAUUUGGAAUAAUUACAAAUAAUUCUUCGAGGGUUAUUGGGAUGGCAAGAGUUUCCUUGGAACAAGGCAAGUCAACGUCCAAGAUCGCCGCAGAUUCUGGGACCUGUUGUUGUUCAGCUUUUACAGGAGUUUUGUGCUAUUGAUUUAUGGGCCGUAAUCGUAUUUAUCACAGAUUUGGUUCCGGUGCUGUCCCAAGAUCUAAGCCUUUUUAUCACAGAUAUCUCGAUACUAUGAAAACAUUAAAGGUUUUGGGGGUUUCUCUGUCUCUCAUUCUUAUCAACCUGGCUGCUAUAAUGGAACGUGCUGAUGAAAAUCUCCUCCCUUCUGUUUAUAAAGAAGUUAGUGAAGCGUUUGAUGCUGGGCCAUCUGAUCUGGGGUAUCUCACAUUUGUAAGGAACUUUGUGCAGGGAGUGGCAUCUCCCUUGGCCGGUGUACUUGUUAUUAACUAUGACCGGCCUUUGGUCCUAACUAUUGGCAUUUUCUGCUGGGCCUUAUCAACUGCUGCAGUGGGAGCAAGCCAGCAUUUCUUACAGGUUGCAAUGUGGAGAGCAGUUAAUGGCUUCGGAUUGGCAAUUGUGAUACCAGCUCUCCAGUCUUUCAUUGCUGAUAGUUACAAGGAUGGCGUGAGGGGUGCUGGAUUUGGGUUACUAAGCCUUGUUGGUACUUUGGGUGGCAUAGGAGGUGGCGUUUUAGCAACCAUUAUGGCUGGUCAGCAGUUCUGGGGCAUGCCUGGAUGGCGCUGUGCCUUCAUUUUGAUGGCUACAUUGAGUGUGCUGAUUGGUUGCCUUGUUUUCUUGUUUGUUGUUGAUCCGAGAAAACAAACUAGUGUCACUCAUGUAUCUGGUGAAAAUUUUGAUAGGGAUGAGUUGGUAGAAAAGGGUAAUGCUACUGUAUCAUCUGUUUGGCAGGAGUCUUGGACAGCUACAAAAGCUGUUAUCAAAGUGCCAACAUUUCAGAUUAUAGUCCUGCAAGGCAUUGUUGGUUCAUUACCCUGGACUGCCAUGGUGUUCUUUACCAUGUGGUUUGAAUUAAUUGGUUUUGAUCAUAGUAGUACUGCAGCCCUUUUAAGUGUAUUUGCUGUUGGAUGUGCAUUGGGGUCCUUCCUUGGCGGAAUAGUAGCAGAUCAAAUAUCACGAAUCUACCCGCACUCUGGCCGUAUUAUGUGUGCUCAAUUCAGUGCCUUCAUGGGUAUUCCAUUCUCAUUGUUCCUUCUUAAGGUGAUCCCACAAUCAGUAAGCAGCUAUUACACCUUUGCUGUUACCCUUCUUCUAAUGGGCUUAACCAUUAGCUGGAAUGCCACUGCUGCAAAUGGCCCUAUGUUUGCUGAAGUGGUCCCUGCCAAACACCGGACCAUGAUUUAUGCAUUUGAUCGUGCUUUCGAAGGAUCAUUCUCUUCAUUUGCUGCUCCUUUGGUUGGAAUUCUUUCAGAGAACAUGUUUGGCUAUGAUUCAAAGUCUAUUGAUCCGGUUAAAGGGUCUGCGCGGGAGGCUUUUGCUUUAUCACAGGGGCUUUUGUCAAUGAUGGCUGUUCCAUUUGGUUUGUGUUGCCUGUUUUACACGCCCUUGUAUAAGCUUUUUCGGCGAGACCGUGAGAAUGCUAGAUUGGCCAGUUUAAAAGAGGAAGAGAUGUUUUGAAAGGCUCUAUUUCAGUUGACUGCACUGUCAAUCAUAACUUCUCAACUCUAGGACAUUUUACUGAGAAUUCGAUUCAAUUUUUCUUCUCAAACUGAAGAGGGACUUCAGCUGACAUGUCUGCUGAUUGGUGUAGGACAACUGUCGAGAGAAUAAUCCUUUUUCCUGAUUUAAUGCAAACAGGUUGGUUGUAAUGAACUUGUUUAGAUUAAUUUUGAUUCACACUAAUCAUCAAGGUAGAACA